AUGCCCUUUCUCUCCAACGUUUCCAGCAAGGCUGGCAAGACUGGUCUAGUCCGCGGACUGGCUUCUCGAUUUGGACUCUCCCGAACGGCUUCAUGGCCUGCCAACAUGUCAUGGCUUAGCCUCCCUUCGUUGGCCGCGGACACCUCUGCGGAGGCUAUUUUGACGGCCUUUGCAGGAAUGGAUCCUGACAUGGUACUCGACCAUUUGCAGACUCACAAGGAUGGACUGACUGACGAAGAGGCUGAUGCCCGCCGAUCCAUCAAGGGGCCUAACGUGCUACCAACCCAUACGGCUCCUUCUUGGUUCAUCACCCUUCUCAAGACCAUCCCGAACCCCUUCAAUAUCCUGCUAAUUGCCCUCGCCAUCAUCAAUGCUGCUAUUCCUCCUGGAGAUUGGAAAGGCUUCACCGUCUUGCUUGUCAUGGUCAUCAUCUCCGUAGCUGUUCGCUUCUGGCAAGAGUAUCGAAGCAGCUUGGCAGUCUUCAAGCUCCAGGCAUCGGUUUCCUGUAAUCUCGAUGUUCGUCGCCAGCCAAACAUGUCUCUGAGCCAAAAAGUGUCCACUCCCAGUAGCGAGGCUAGCAGCAAGACCGUUGCCGAACAGGAUCUUGUUCCUGGAGACGUUGUGGUUCUUUCGCCCGGUUCUGUCAUGCCUGCCGACUGCUUGAUUUUGGAAGCCAGCUUUCUUCGAGUUAGUCAGUCGACAUGGACUGGGGAAAACGACCCGGUACCCAAGACCCCCAGCGUAUCUGGCGAGAAAGGCACAACCCUUUUCGAUCUCAGCAACAUUGCGUUCAUGGGAACAAGUGUUAUCUCGGGUAAUGGAGUUGCCUUGGUUCUUCGAACUGGCGCAGAUGUCUUGAUUGCAAGCAUGGCCAAAGAACUCAAGAAGCGACGUGAACCCAACUCUUUCCAGCUGGGUAUUCGACACGUUAGCUACAUGCUGAUUGGUUUCAUGCUCACCAUGGUUCCACUGGUGCUGGGUAUUUCUGGGUAUACUACCAAGGAUUGGGACGCCGCUGCUCUCUACAGCAUCAGUGUGGCCGUUGGAUUGGUUCCCGAAAUGCUUCCCGCCAUCGUCAAUGCCAACCUCGCCCGCGGUGCCUAUGUACUCUCCAAGAUGAAGGCCAUCUCCAAGCGACUCGAUUCGGUUCAGAAUUUGGGUGCCAUGACUGUCCUCUGCAGUGACAAGACGGGAACCCUGACCAAGGACGAAAUCACCCUGUGUCAAUACCUCGAUUGCAACGGCGAUAGCAAUGUUAAUGUCCUGAAACUGGCUACUGUCGAUGCGGUGGUGCAAGGUUCCAACGGUAACAAUAUUGACGGCGCCAUCUUGGACUAUCGAAUGCCCGACGGCUGCCGUGUCAACACCGCUCAAUACGAAAAUGUUGCCGCAAUCCCCUUCAACUUUGAGCGCCGCAGGUCCGCCUGCGUUGUCAAGGGUAUUACCGGAGCCAACCUGCUCAUUUGCAAGGGCGCCUUUGAAGAAGUCCUACGUGUGUGCAGCAUGGUCCGACAAGGUGGUGUUGCCCUUCCCCUUGAUUUCCAGAUCAAGCAGACUCUCUUAGAGCGAGUGAAUUCUCUUAACAAGGACGGAUACCGUGUCCUCUUGGUCGCAAUGAAGCAAAUCGGCGACAUCAGCAGGGAAGACGAGGAUGGUCUGCACGAACUUGAGUCCAGCAUGGUCCUCGAAGGCAUGAUUAGCUUCAUCGACCCACCGAAGGAUGAUGCUGCCGAAUCAAUUGCCCAGCUGAAGAAGCUUGGUGUCGAGAUCAAGGUACUCACAGGUGACGCGCUCCCUGUGGCCGUCAACGUCUGUCAGCGUCUUGACCUCAUUGGCCGCGAUGAGGGCUCCGAAGACGACGACUUGCAAGCCAUCACUGGACCCGAACUAUCGCUUCUGGAAGACACCGAUGAAUUCGAUAAUGUUGUCAAGACCUGCAAGGUUUUUGCUAAGCUGACGCCCAACCAAAAGGCUCUUGUUAUCGGCAGUUUGCGAAAGGCGGGCCAUUGUGUUGGAAUGCUUGGCGAUGGCAUCAACGACUGUAUUGCACUGCGAAAGGCCGAUGUGGGCAUCUCGGUUGACUCUGGAGCGAGUGUUGCCAAGGAUUGUGCAGAUCUGAUUCUGACGGAGAAGGGAUUGGGCAUUAUUGUUACCAGUGUGACAACUGGUCGUCUCACCCAUGGCAACACUAUCAAGUACAUCAAGAUGGUGGCUUCUUCCAACUUUGGCAACGUCUUCAGUAUGCUUGUAGCUUCUGCUUGGCUUCCGUUCACUCCGAUGUUGGGUAUUCAAAUUCUGGCGCAAAACCUGCUUUACGACAUUAGCCAGAUAGCCAUCCCAUGGGAUCGAGUCGACCCCGAGUAUUUGGCUACACCCAAGACUUGGAAGACAUGGGAUCUCCUUCGCUUUGUUGUCGUCCUCGGCCCAACUAGUUCCGUCAUCGACAUCCUCACCUUUUCACUAGGCUGGUUCUUUUACGGCAUCCAAACCGCCGAUAAUGCAGUCGACGUGAAGCGUUUCCAAACCCACUGGUUCCUCCAAGGUCUUCUCACGCAAACACUCAUCGUACACCUCUUGAGAACCGCCAAGAUCCCAUUCAUCCAAUCUCGGGCCGCCAAGCCCCUUGCCCUGUCUACCACGGCCAUCAUGAUCAUUGGCUUUGUGCUCCCUUGGAUCCCGCCAGUCCAGCGGGGCCUUAGCUUUGAGCAGCCGGCGCCGUCGUAUGUUGGGUUUUUGGUGGCGGAGCUGCUGCUGUACUGCAUCGAGGUGCAGAUUGUGAAGAUGAUCUACAUCAAGAUUUUUAAGACGUGGCUGUAA